AUGUUAUGGCAUGAAGGUUGUGUUGGUAAAUUUCGUAAAAUGGACAUUCCACCAUCAUUCACUAAUUGGAUCAGAGCUUGGCUUGAGAAUAGAAGAGGAUUCGUUGAAACUAAUAGUGUAAAAUCUAGAUGGUUUGGGAUUGAAAAAGGUGGUCCCCAGGGAAGUUCCCUUACUCCUACUGUUUUUAUAUCAUAUCAUGCUGAUAUGCCUGCUUUUCUUUCGUGGUCGUCGUCACAUCUUUUUGCUGACGACUUGGCAGCUGUUGUUGCUGGUCAGAUAGGAUUGAAGUUUUCUAUUCAAUAUAUAGAUCUUGAGAAAAGACUCAAGUUAUUUUGUGAUCAACUUGAAUACUAUUGUAUUCUUACACUUCAACCGAUAAACUAUAUUAAAACUGAAGCUUUAUGGAGUACACGUGCUCCUUUUUCUCCUCAAUUCGAUAUUAUACUUGGUGGUCAUACAACUAAGUGGACAAAAGAGUUUAAAUAUCUUGGAUAUUAUAUUACUCCUAGGUUAGGAUGGGGCAAACUAAUCCAUAUGUCUAUGUUGAAAACUAGACAAAGAUUAUGUCUCAUUAAUUCUUUUCGAUUUUUUGGUAAAACAUCUAGGGUUCUUAGAAGAGCUUUAUUUUCUUCUUAUGUUUUACCAUUGUUUACAUGGUUAUAUCCUGUGUUUCCUCUUCUUACAGAUCUUCAACGUACUCAUCUGAGUCAUUUUUAUUUCACUUGUCUUAAACGUGUUUCAUUUUGUCUCGGUUGAAAGGAUUUUCUUUUUGCGUAUUUGUUUGAUGAGUCAUCACUUGAUGAUAGAUGUUAUCGUUAUUUGAAUAGAUAUUUAUGUGCUCUAGCUGAUUUUAUAGAUGGUGAAAUGCUUUUUGAAAAUGCUUCAUUGAAUAGGUUUC